AGCAAUGGACUAGAGAGAGAGGAGAGAACAAAUUGAAGGGCGAAGCAAAGCAAAGAACAUGUGCUGUGGCUUUCAAUUGCUUCCUUCUUUCCUUCCUUUCCACCAAAAGCAGAUUUCCCAUUUCCCAUUGAAAUUCAAACCUUUUCAGCCCCCUCUGCGCCAUUUCUCUCAUCAAUUCUCUUUCUCUCUCUAAUUCAUCAGAACAAAACAGAACCCACGUGAGCUUGAACCCACCCAUUUUCAAUUCCCCUUUCCCCUUUCCAAGAUUUGCACAGUGACCCCCCAAAAUCCCUCUCUCUCCCCCUCUUCGAAGCGGCAGCACCUCCUGCAAUGGCGCUUUUGGGGUUCUGUUCUUGUUUGGCAGCAUUGCUUCUGCUUCACUCCCAGCCAGCUUCCCCCGCCCUGAUUCUGAGUCUGAAGCACCACUACCGCGGCGGCGACCACCACAAUCGCCGCCCAGUGCUCCAAUCCAACCAGUCCGCCUGCGACCUCUUCGCCGGAACUUGGGUUCGCGACGACGCCUACCCACUCUACCAAUCCUCCAACUGCCCCAUCAUCGACCCGGAGUUCAACUGCCAGCUCUACGGCCGCCCAGAUUCCAACUAUCUCAAAUACCGAUGGCAGCCCCUCGAUUGCGAGCUCCCAAGGUUCGAUGGGGCCGAGUUUCUGAUGCGAAUGAGAGGGAGAACGGUGAUGUUCGUUGGAGAUUCGUUGGGGAGAAACCAAUGGGAGUCGCUGAUUUGCUUGAUCUUAGCAUCGGCUCCACAGACGCCCACCCAGAUGAUCAGAGGAGACCCUCUCUCAACCUUCACAUUCCCGGAAUAUGGGUUGUCUGUGUCGUUUUACAAAGCUCCAUAUCUUGUGGACAUAGAAAUAGAGAAUGGGAAGAGAAUCCUGAAACUGGAGGAGAUAACAGGGAAUGGAAAUGUGUGGAGAGGGGCUGACGUGAUUUCCUUCAACACUGGCCACUGGUGGAGCCACACAGGCUCUUUACAAGGGUGGGAUUACAUGGAAUCAGGAGGAUCAUAUUAUGAGGACAUGGAUAGAUUAGCUGCAAUGGAGAAGGGACUGAGAACUUGGGCAGAUUGGGUUGAUAAGAACAUUGAUGUUACAAGAACAAGGGUUUUCUUCCAAGCCAUUUCUCCCACACAUUACAACCCAUCUGAAUGGAACACCGGGACAGCGUCGACAACGACAAUGUCGAAGAAUUGCUACGGGGAAACGGUGCCGAUGGGCGGGAUGACGUACCCGGCAGGGUACCCGGAGCAGAUGAGGAUUGUGGAUGAAGUGAUAAGGGACAUGAGAAACCCAGUAUACUUGUUGGACAUAACCAUGCUGUCUGAGCUUAGAAAGGAUGGGCACCCCUCCAUUUACAGUGGCGAUUUGAGCCCUGAGCAGAGGGCUAACCCACAAAGAUCUGCUGAUUGUAGCCAUUGGUGCCUUCCUGGUUUGCCUGAUACUUGGAAUCAAUUAUUUUAUACUGCAUUGUUCUUUUAGAUACUUUUCUUCUUCUUCUUAUGGUAUAAUGCUAUUGAAUUCAGGGAUAUUAUUGAAAUUUGUUUUCUUCCCCCUCCUAUGAUAUAAUUUGUAAAUUGUAAACAUGGGAAUAUAGUAGGGACUCUUUUAGAGUGAUUAUUAUUAUUUAUUUUUUGUUCU